AUGGGCAAGACGCUGGUCUAUCCCAAGCGGGACUCGAACACAGUCAACCGCUACAAGCACAGAGCAACCUAUGAUCUCGGCGCAAUCCACUCCAUCAUAAACUCUAGCCAGGUCCUCCAUGUCUCCUUCAAUCCUGGGCCUUCUGACCCGUUUCCCGCCAUUCUACCCAUGAUAGGGCAGAUGGCAUCAUUCGACUAUCCUUCCGCUAGUAUCGAUGAGCCUCUUGACUGCUAUCUUCAUGGCUAUGUUAGCUCACGCAUUAUGAAUUUGGCACGCGCCUCCGAGGAUGAAGGACUGCCCGUUUGUGUCGCUGCAAGCAAAGUGGACGGAUUAGUCUUAUCGCUCACUCCGAACUCCCACAGCUACAACUACCGAUCUGCCAUCCUCCACGGCUACGCAAAGCUUGUGACGGAUGAAGCUGAGAAACUGUGGGCAAUGGAACUUAUAACCAACUCUGUGCUUCCGGACCGUUGGAAGCACUCUCGUAUCCCACCUGACAAGGCUGAAAUGUCCUCGACUGUAAUACUAAAGGUCCGAAUCGUCGAUGGCAGUGGCAAGAUCCGUGAUGGUGGUGUUUCCGAUGAGAGGAAGGAUACGGACAACACAGAAGUCACUGAGCGUGUCUGGACAGGCGUAGUUCCCGUUUACGAGACAUUUGGUGAACCGAUACCGAGUGUUUCUAAUAAGGUGGAAGAGAUUCCGGGAUACAUCACCUCGUAUGUUGCUAAAACGAACGAGAAAAACCGUGAUUAUGCGACAACUGCGGUGGGCAUUACUCUUCCGAAGGAGGAACAGCAUUAA